AUGAAUAUUUUAAUUACUCGGGCGCGCGUUGUCAGGACGCGGUUCUCUGCUAAUUCAGUAAUUAUCAAUCAGAAGAAUUUUGCAUUUUGCCGCCCUUCAAUAGUUCUUCCGGCUCGCUAUUUUCAUUCUUCGCUUACAACAUAUUAUGCUAAUAUACAAGGGCCUCAAUCGGUAGAUUAUGGAAAGGAAAGUUUCAAAAAAUUCAUUCAACAGACUUUUGAUAAAAUAUUGAUUGCAAAUCGUGGAGAAAUUGCUGUUCGUGUAAUUCGUACAGCUAAAAAAAUGGGCAUUAAAACAGUAGCAGUCUAUUCAGAUGCGGAUGCUCGAAGUUUACAUGUGGAAAUGGCAGAUGAAGCGGUCAACAUAGGGCCUGCACCAUCAAACCAAAGUUACCUCAAUAUUCCGAAUAUCCUCCAAGCAAUCAAAUCUACUGGAGCUCAAGCUGUACAUCCGGGUUAUGGGUUUUUAUCGGAAAACUCGCAUUUCGUGAAAGCACUUAACGAAGCGGGAGUCACGUUUAUAGGGCCAGGAGAAUCAGCAAUGGCAGACUUGGGUGAUAAAAUUCGAAGCAAAAUCAUAGCUAAACAGUCUGGUGUUAACACUAUUCCUGGUUUUGAUGGUGUUGUAAAAGAUAGUAAUCAUGCUUUGGAAAUCGCUCAAUCGGUCGGCUAUCCCGUAAUGUUGAAGGCUUCUGCGGGAGGAGGUGGAAAGGGUAUGCGAAUUGCGUGGAAUGAUCAAGAAGUUGUUGAUGGUUUCAAAAUUGCAUCUCAGGAAUCAUUAUCAAGUUUCGGCGAUAAUCGUUUGUUAAUUGAGAGAUACAUUGAUAACCCACGUCAUAUUGAGAUUCAAGUUAUUGCUGAUAAAUUUGGAAACAUUUUAUAUUUCCCUGAACGAGAGUGUUCGAUUCAAAGAAGAAAUCAAAAGGUUAUUGAAGAAGCACCAAGCACCUUUUUGGAUCCAGCAACACGUAAAGCGAUGGGUGAACAAGCUGCUUUACUUGCUAAACACGUUAGUUAUGUAUCAGCUGGGACAGUUGAAUUUUUGGUGGACGCUCAGCGUAAUUUUUACUUCUUGGAAAUGAAUACACGUCUUCAAGUUGAGCAUCCUAUCACUGAGUAUAUUACAGGUGUUGAUUUAGUUGAACUAAUGAUUCGCAUAGCUGCAAACCAAAAAUUGUCGAUAACUCAGGAAGACUUAAAAUUUCAUGGGUGGGCGUUUGAGUCACGUGUAUAUGCUGAAGAUCCGGAAAAAUAUUUGCCAUCUAUCGGGCGUCUUAGUAAAUAUAUAGAACCGCGAAGCUUAACCGAUAAACAUGAAGUCCGUUGUGAUUCUGGUAUCGUAGAAGGGAGUGAGAUCAGCAUAUAUUAUGAUCCUUUGAUUUGUAAACUUUCUACUUAUGGAGAGACAAGAGAUGAAGCCAUUAAUACUAUGUUGAAAGCCUUGGAUUCUUAUGUAAUUAAAGUUAUUUCAAGCCAAAGAUUUCGAUCUGGUAAAAUAUCAACCAAAUUUCUUGCAGAAGAAUAUCCGGGUGGAUUUAAGGGUCAUACUGUCAAGGAUGAAUCUUUACAUGAACUUAUUUCUAUUUCUGCAUUUGUUCAUGCUAAACGUGAUUUGAGAAAUUGGAGUUGGAUAGAUGGAGAAGGAACUUUGUUUAAAAAAAAUUUGAAUAAAAAUGCACCAAAUAAAUGGGAUCUUUGGAUAUCAGUUAAUAAAGAUAUUCAGCCUAUCAAUGUAAAAGUGAAAAAAAAAGGCACGAAUGAAGAAGAAUUUGAGAUAAUAAUGCCAAACUAUCCAAGAACCAUAAUAUCAGCUAAGUGGCCAUUAGAAACACCGCUGAUUAAUGCUUGUCUCCGUACUGAUAAUCAAGAAAGUAGGGCAUUAACAGUGCAAUAUAUCGAUCCUUUACCAGUUGGCUUCCGACUACAAUAUGUAGGUACAAAAUUUGACAUCACGGUUCACAACCAACGGCAACAUGAGUUGAGUCAGUAUAUGAUCGAAAAACCCAAGGAAGAUUUGUCCAAUUUGAUAUUGAGCCCUAUGCCUGGUAGUGUUGUGAGCUUGGCUGUUCAGGCUGGGACCGAAAUUGCGGUGGUAGAAGCCAUGAAAAUGCAAAAUGUAUUACGUGCUUCACGUGUUAGUAAAGUGAAAAAGGUUAACGUUAAACCAGGUGAUGCUGUAGCCGCAGAUGAGGUUCUAGUAGAAUUGGAAGAAGUGAACAAAGACACUUGA